AUGAUGGGACUUCCCAUCGCCGGUCCACUUAAUCAUUGCAUUUUCAUCGCCAAUCAUAUUAUGUGCGAUUCAGUGCACCUAAAAUGCUUUACCGAAACACUGAUAUUCUUAUGGGUCUUAUUGGCACUGAUUUUGUGCGGCAACUGUUCAGUACUGAUAACUCUUCUCCGAUCGAAGAACCGAAAGACACGAAUGAACUUCUUUAUCAUGCAUUUGGCGGUCGCCGAUUUGACGGUAGGUUUGGUGAGUGUGGCCACAGAUAUAGCCUGGAAGACAACCGUUAGCUUUUACGGCGGAAAUCUACUUUGCAAAGUCGUCCGCUAUUCACAAUUUAGCUCCGGAAUAUUCUAUAGGGUUUUGGUAACGUAUUCAUCGACCUAUGUAUUGGUGUCGUUAAGUAUCGAUCGAUACGACGCGAUAACACAUCCGCUAAACUUCACCGGAAGCUUUAACUCUAAGAGAAGUGUAAGGAAACUUUUUGAAAAGUUGACAAUAAUCCCGAGCAGGAAAAGGGCCAAAAUACUGGUGCUGAGCGCCUGGACGAUGAGCGCGGUCUUCUCGAUUCCGGCCAUUUUCCUAAACAAGGAAGAGGAGAUCGAAGGGCACCCGCAGUGUUGGAUCCAAUUAGAGAAGUACGAGUGGAAGAUCUAUAUAUCACUGGUGGCCACAUCCCUGUUCUUCAUACCCACUGUCAUCAUAUCCCUGUGCUAUCUAAUCAUCGUCCACACCAUUUGGGCCAAAAGCGCGGCCAUGACUUACCCCAAAGCCAAGUCCAAGUCGACGAAGAAUAAGUCGACCGACGAUUCCCAUCACAAACGCGAGACAAAUAAUAGUAAUGAUAAAUACGUCGAUAAUGACAAUGACUUUAAGCGCGCCAGUAGUCGAGGGAUUAUACCGAAAGCCAAAAUAAAAACCGUCAAAAUGACAUUUGUUAUAGUAUUUGUAUUCAUAAUGUGUUGGAGUCCUUACUUCGUAUGGGAUUUACUGCAAGUGUGGGGAGCGAUACCUGUGUCCCAAACAACGAUCGCAAUCUCGACAUUCAUCCAAAGUCUGGCUCCACUCAACUCAGCCGCCAAUCCUUUCAUCUAUUUUUUAUUCUCAACACAUUUCUGUCGCAAUCUUCGAAGACUUAGUCUCUCACGGGUUUUAAGUCGAGUUUGUUGUGUGAGUGGACCGCAGACUCGCGAAAGUACUUCCAAACGAGUCGAUUAUAAUACAAUCAAUUCCGCUACUCAUUCAUCUUCCAGAACUCAACGAUUUUCGAUGACAUCACCGAAGACUUCCAAGAGUUCAUCCGUGAAGAAGACACUCGUCAUACACGACGUGAACACAAUUCGCACUCAAAUCCAAAAGCAAGACUCAAAUGAUCACAAACUCAUUGAUAGCACCAAUUCUGUUGUCUAGUUUUGAAACAAACACUUUAAUUAUAUGUAAUAUUUUGUGAGAAAAAAGUUAUUGUAAUUUAGUUGAC